AUGCCCAGUACAGCUCGUAAUCUUUGGUUCCGGUUGAUUCAUAAUAAGGUUUCAUCCAAAGCUAACUUAUACACUCCUUUGAGAUUACCAGAUGAUCUCUGUGAAUACAGUGGCCAUCGCGAAACUACCGCCCAGAUGUUAUUCACUUGUCAAUCAAAUUUGGAAAUCUUGUCCAACUACUUUGCCUUGGUCUUCUUGCCUCUUGGAGCUCUGGAUAUGAGUGAGGUUUAUCAAAACGUCAUGUCUCUGAACCUCUCCUCAUUCCAUUUUCUUGACUCUCCUUUAAAGGUCUCUGUCUUUGUGGCCAUUACUUGUGUACUUACAACCAUUUGGCGCGCCAAGUGGCCAGCAUACUAUGACAAUGUUGGCAUUGACAAUCAAUCCAUAGUGGAUAGAGCCAUAUCCAACCUGCGUAACUUAUCCUCUCUGAACUGGAUCAAUUAA